UUUUGCUUCAAGUUUCUUCAAAGAUCAGCUGGUUCAACAAGAAAGGGGCGUUUCUUCCUGGUCCAAUUCCUGGCCCCAGCCCAAGGCAAGUGGGGAAGAGAGCUUCGAGGGUCAACAAGGGUACAGCGCUUGGUGGAAGACACAGAAUGCUGACAGAUUGCUGUGGCAAAAUGGCUUCCAUCUUUGACGAAAUUUUGACCGAGCAUGCAAAGAAGCAGCUCACUCUCAAAGAAAGCACAGCCCGGCAGAAGCAGGUUGCUCUGGCGUCAGUGUCUGAGCUGAUGGAUUUGCUUGUGGACAGCGUGAACAAGAACGUGCAAGAAAUCUUUGUGAACCAGAAAAGGAUUGAGGUGGAAACAAGAGCGUUGGUUAACUCAGUCGGGCAGUAUACCAAACAGACGCAGCAGUGGGUGCGCACACUGAGCAGCUUUGAUGAUGCGUUGAAGGAGAUUGGGGACUUCGAAAACUGGACAAAGACCAUUAGCUGGGAGGUCGAAACCAUGGCGGAAGCUCUGCAACACAUUGCUCACCCUCCUGAAGGCUGAUGAACGUCUGACGGCUCUUCGCCAUUCUAUCUAUCCUGCCCCAUCCUUCAAUUGGGAUGCCUAGUGGGCAUCUGCUUUCAAGACUGGUCUUGAAACAGGCGAUGUUCAUGCAAAAGAACAGGACGUCCACGAAUAUAGACCGUGAGCAUCUUGUCGCCGUAUUGGUGGUGAUUUGAGAAAGAACACCGGGCCCACACCAGCACAGGCGAAGUGGGGCCCUAUCGAAGGGCUUCACAGAAAAUGUUACACGUGCCCCUCUGUUAAGUUGAACGAGGGUAAUGAGAGGGUGUUGUUGGGCAUCCGGUCGUCAACUGUGCUGUGACAGGGCACACACGGUGCUCAUCAAGGACUGGCCGCGAAAGGUGAUCCGAGUCAGAGACGGAGUCGUACAAAAAGCAAGCCAUUGUAAUGGAAUCAAAAGCAGCCGAACAUUGAAAUCCUAUACGAUACAUCUGCGAUAGUUGAAAGAGUACCUGAUUGGGAUGGACGCAGGUGCUCCUGGCGAACCACCAGUAAUAGUCGAACUUAAUUACGAUCCACAAAAUCUAAGUUGAUAACUGUUACCCGGCCG